UGAACCUUAGUUUGCAGACACCAAAGAAGAAGAAGAAGGACGUAUAGUAGAUCUGGGGUUGCACUGAAAGCCCGUGUGUAAAGCUUUUCUCGACUCGUGGAAAGAAAACGGCCACAUGGACGCUGAAGCACUUGUUCGAGCCACCAUCCCCCAUACUCUGGAGAAGGUUCUUGGUGUUGAGUCUCAGUCACACUCUAAAGCAGCAGCCUUCACUGAGGCGUUUCUGAAGAACAGCAUUCAACAGACGACACGCCAUGAUCUGAAGAGCAUGCUGACACACAAAGCUGUGAUUCUGGGCUACACCAGGCCCAAGAAAGAGAAGACCAAAAGAAACAGCAAGAAAGCCAAAGGACUAAAUGCCAGGCAGAAGAGGGCGAUGAAGAUCUUCCAGAUUAAGCCUGAACACCAGAGAUAUGAACUUUUCCUGCCUCUGCAAGAACUCUGGAAACAGUACAUUAUUGACCUGUGCAGUGGAUUGAAACCAACAAGCAGUCCUCAGUUUGUGCAGCAGAAGCUUCUGAAGGCAGACCUCCACGGUGCCAUCCUUACAGUGGUUCGGUCCAAAUGUCCAUCAUAUGUGGGAACUACAGGGAUUCUAGUGCAAGAGUUCAAACAUGUUUUCAAAAUCAUCACCAAAGAGGACAAACUAAAAGUGAUCCCGAAAAGGAACAGUGUGUUUGCAGUGGAGAUCGACGGCUUUGUUUCACACAUCUAUGGAAGCAAGUUUGAGCAGCGAGCCAGCGAACGCUCUGCCAAGAAGUUUAAAGUGAGAGGAACCAUUGACCUGUGAUGGCACCGGGUGUCGCCACAGACUGCUGUGUGCCACAACAAGAGACGUUACAUUCUCGCACAGCUGCUGCUCCUAGUGGCCAUCGAAGCAUCUGCGACAAUAAUGACCGAUGUGUAGCAGAUGGAAUAUGGUCAUGUAUAAAGGACACAAAACCACAUCAGAAAAAGGACUGCUUUUUUUUUUUUCUUUCUUUUUUUUAAUGAACUUGUUGACUUUGUUGCACACUUUGGACUUUCACACAUAGUGUCACUUCAUUUCAAUAGUGAACUUUUUAUGUGGAGUUGGAGUGAAGUGGGUUUCCUCAGGCAGGUAGGUAGUAAAGAGAUGCUGUUGAGUUGAGUUUGAAGUGUAGUAUCCAGUGCUCUGAAAGCUUGACUCAUACCAAAGACUAAACUGUAGGAUAAAUGAGAUUUGAGGGUUUCACCUCAGAUGCAUACUGUCUGUCGGGGCCUUGUACAUAAUCAGUGGGAGUGUCUGAGGCGUCCUACCCACACCAUCUGACAGGCACUGCUGUUUCAUGAAAAUUGUUAUAUAAAUGCUAGUGUUGAUUAUAUUCAGUUGUUGCAGUAUCUGUACUCUCUGUGAGAAGGCUGACGUAGCUUUCUAUAUUCAAUUCUGUUUCUCCUGGACUCUUUAGGGCUAAAAUGCUACCUAGUGUUCGGUGGAGCUGGGUAUCAAAUGUAAAUAUUGUCUGCAAGUGAACACAGGGUUUAAUUGUUUUUACUGUCAUUGACUUCCUGGUCAAGCUUUAAGUUAUAUUUGAUACCUAAAAAGAUACCGCUGUAUCUGAUGACUACAUAAUGACAAUUUUGUAUAGUUUUUCAAAAGUACAUGAUCAAUUGAGGCAAACUUGGUGCAAAAAAGUCAAAUAGAAACUCUAAUGAUUGGAUAUGAAAAUGGAAGCUUUUUCUAUUGUCAAUUCUUCAAAAAUAAAUCAAUGAAAUAUGUUACAUUAUUCACAUGAACACUGGAGACAUUAAGUGCUAGCAAAAUAUACAUUGGGAGGCCUGUAGGAUCAGCUUCAUAUCACUCAGUGUACAGCUGCAUGAAUAGAGUAUGUUUACUUUAGAGAAUCUGGGUCAUUUGGAUAUAAUAUGUAUUGUUUUGUACAGGUGCUUGCGAUCCUUAAUCCUGCAGUGAAUCCACUACACUUCAAUCAGCAAUUUCAGCCAAUUUUUUCAUUCUUGCCAAAUUCAGAAUGCACAAUGAUUUGCUGGAGGUGCACGACACAGAAAUUUUCUGCUUGAAAGGACCACGCGAUGGGGCGUGGCUGUUAAAAUGACAUGAUUUGUCCACAUGUAGCCACGCAGCUUCGUCAAGCAUAAUAUUGAACCCUAUUUAAUUUUUGUUCAUACGUUCAAAACUGUAACUAUACUUCCAGUUAUUAUUUAUAAUAUUUCAAAUGUGUGCUGUUGUGAGAGAAGACUUGAAUAUAUGAUUUCAUUUAGCUAUUAGCUGGAUGGUGAAAAUGUCUUUUCAUGUAUACAUAAAUACUAUAGUAUUUAGCCAGAAUUGUAUUUAAAAUGUUUUUUAGCUGAGGUUGUUUAUGUCAUGGACAAUAGAAGACAGAGAAAGUAUUUGUUGAAACCACACAUACGUGUCUUGGUCAUUCAAAAUUGUGCAGGACUUCCUUGUUCCUGUUUCCAUCACAGAAUGUGGAACAUUGUGGGCUGUGGCCUUUUUUCUGUAAAAACAAAUGCAGUGUUGAGUAUCGUGUUGAAAUCCUUCACCUCCGUCUGCUGUACGUCUCAAACAUCCCUUAUCCCCAAACUCUGCUGUAUUUCCCUCAGCGAGAAAAGUUGUUGAACAAUUUAACUGCUGAGUUUGAACCAUCUCUGGUUUGACAUUGCAGAGCUGCAGUUGUUCUUUGUAAGACAACUGUUUGCGAUCAUGAGAGGUUUCACUCAGAUCAGAUUACUGAUCUAGAUUAAAAGAACUGCAAAAGCCAGA